AUGCACCCGCCGUCUCUGCCGCCGCCGCGCCGGGACUUCAUCUCCGUGACGCUCAGUCCCGGCGAGAACUACGACGACAGCAAAGUGCGGCGGCGGCGCUCCUGCUGGAGGAGAUGGAAGCAGCUGUCGCGGCUGCAGCGGAACGUCGUCCUCCUCGUCCUCGCCCUGCUGCUCGUCUGCGGCCUGCUGUCCUACCUCACCUCGGCUGACCACUGGACAGCCCUGAAGGAGCAGAGGAUGACAGCUGACUUUCCUGGGCUGAGACCAGUGAGCCCACCUGUCCUGCCACCUCCUCAGACAGCAGGUGCUGCCCAGGGCCGCCGAGAGCCCCGCCCGCAGGCAGCUUUGUACUGUGCAAGCAUCCCUUAUGACGUGGUCUUAAUACAGAAGUCUCGGAAGCACUUGCGAAGGGCACCACCCAGCCUGCAGAUCAAAGCCCCGGUAAAAGAUGGGAAGGCCAGGACCCAGGAUGGUGUGGAGCAGGGGAGAGCACAGCUAAGCGAUACCCAUGGGGAAGAGCCACACCAGCAGAGAACUGUCAUUAGCUGGAGAGGAGCCGUGAUCGAGCCUGAGCAGGGUACGGAGACCCCGUCGAGGAGAGUGGAUGUCCAGACCCAGCGGCCAGCCCCAGAGGCCAGGACUCAGAGAGCAUCAGCGCCCCCGAACAAGCGGCAGGAGGCCGUGGUGGAUGCCUUCCGUCACGCGUGGAAGGGCUACUGCAAGUAUGCGUGGGGCCGUGAUGAGCUGAAGCCCCUGUCCAGAUCCUUCAGCGAGUGGUUUGGCCUUGGACUCACCCUGGUUGAUGCUCUGGACACCAUGUGGAUUCUGGGCCUGACCCAAGAGUUUGAAGAGGCCAGGAGGUGGGUGUCUACUAAGCUAUGGUUCCAGAAGGACGUGGACGUCAACCUGUUUGAGAGCACGAUCCGGAUCCUGGGGGGGCUGCUAAGCACCUACCACCUGACGGGAGACAGCCUCUUCCUGGAGAAAGCCAAAGAUUUUGGACAGCGUCUGAUGCCUGCAUUCAAGACCCCCUCGAAAAUCCCCUUCUCUGAUGUGAACAUUGGCACUGGCAAUGCCCACCCUCCCCGCUGGACCUCCGACAGCACGGUGGCCGAGGUGACCAGCAUCCAGCUCGAGUUUCGGGAAUUGUCCCGACUCACGGGAAAUGAGCAGUUCAAGGAGGCUGUGGAGGAGGUGACACGGCGUGUCCAUUCGUUGUCUGGAAAGAAGGACGGGCUGGUCCCUAUGUUCAUUAACACCCACAGUGGCCACUUCACACACCUGGGAGUGUUUACACUGGGUGCCAGGGCUGACAGCUACUACGAGUACCUCCUGAAACAGCUCCUGGAAGACUACAUGGAGGCCAUCGAGGGCAUCAGGAGGCACUUGCUGCAGCACUCGGAGCCCAGCAAGCUCACCUUCAUUGGCGAGCUGGCUCACGGCCGCUUCAGCGCCAAGAUGGACCACCUGGUGUGCUUCCUGCCCGGGACCCUGGCCUUGGGUGCCCACCACGGGCUGCCCGCUGAGCACAUGGUCCUGGCCAAGGAGCUCAUGGAAACCUGCUACCAGAUGAACCGCCAGAUGAAAACGGGGCUGAGCCCGGAGAUCGCCCAUUUCAACAUGGUCGCCCAGGAGGGCCACCAGGACGUGGAGGUCAAGCCAGCAGACAGGCACAACCUGCUGAGGCCCGAGACGGUGGAGAGCCUGUUCUACCUGUACCGCCUCACCGGGGACAGCAAGUACCAGGCCUGGGGCUGGGAGAUCCUGCAGAGCUUCAACGCCUACACCAGGGUCCCCACAGGUGGCUACUCUUCUAUCAACAACGUCCAGGAUCCCCAGAAGCCGGACCCCAGGGACAAGAUGGAGAGCUUCUUUCUGGGGGAGACACUGAAAUACCUGUACCUGCUUUUUUCUGAUGACCCAAAUCUGCUCAGCCUGGACACCUACGUGUUCAACACAGAGGCCCACCCCCUGCCCAUCUGGACUGUGACAUAG